AUGUCGAUAGAAAUUCAGAAGCAGAUCAAGGACAAUGCAACGAGCGUCUCUGACUUCUUCUCCGACUUGUACAAAUGGACUGAGGAUCAGGUCAAGGAGGAGCGCAGGAGGGAAAUUCGAAAAACGGCUCGGCAAGUGGGCAUCGACGAAGCGCAGAAGCUCAUAGCAGCAAAGCCUGCCGAGCGAGAUGCAGCUGAACAGAUAAAUGACGCGCAUGUGGACGGAGAAAGGUCCGAUCCGAUCAAACGCGACAACGCACCGAUAGCCCAGUACUACCAUGAUUGGGACAGAUACGAUCCUGAAGCAGAAGUCGGACGGAUUGAGGAGGAGGCGUUUCAGUCGCAGCGGGCAGAAAGGGAAGCUCGACAG